AUGAGCCUGAAAGAGACGCAGUGAACAGUGUGCUUGUUGGUUAAACCGAUACAUCAGGCCUUUAUUGACAGGCUUGUGGCUCUGUGACACUGUAUCUAGUCACGACAUGCUGAUGUUUGACAAGUAUAAUGUGAACCUAGCUAAUAGUUGUUGGCAUGUUUGAGUGUGAUCGACUGAACAACGCUAAAGAGCAACGGCGAAAAAGCAGAUAUGUCUAUUAUUCACCUCAGUGAAUGCAGUUUAACUGUUUAAUUAAAGCUGUGCUAAUCAAUAUUUUUCAUAUUAACAAAAGCUGGAGUGACUGUGUGUAAUAAUGACAAAUCCACAGAGAGUUAUCACCUGACACUGCAGGUCGCCUCAGCUUGGAGCCAUGAGGUACACAGUGUCUUUCAGCUCACUGCUUUAGUUUUACUCUUGUGGUUCACUCUCAGCAACCUCGUCUCCAGACACAGCAGGAAAAAAAAAAAACUAAAAAACAAAAUAAACUGUGUGCUUCCUGCCCACCAACCAGCGGACGAAGGAAUGAAACUAGCUAGUGAACACAGAGGAGCUUUUAACUGCCAGAUUUUUCCCUCAGGAGCUGGUGACUAAAUCGGAGCUAAACAGAUGGUAAAUUUAUUGGGCAGUUAGUUUUCGACAUGCUUCUAUCCCAAAAAAACAUAACAUUAAUGAAUCAAAGAUGAAAACCAUGAAAUCUGGAAAUAUCACAUAACAGCACCAAGUAUCCUCUGUUGGAAGGUUGAGUUCAAAAAUAGCAACCCUGGCCUCUUCAUAAAUCCUCAUUUCUUACACCAUAAUAGAGACCAUAUGGUGGGGCCUGAUCGUGUGUGUGUGUGUGUGUCUGUGUGUGUGUGUGUGCAAAAAGGACAUUGCCAUUAUCAAGCCUUCUUACGGACAUCAGGAAGAUGUGAUAGUCUGUUGUGGCAGCAGUUUAACAGAGCGACAGAUAACAGCACGUCUGUCAACUGUCAGCCUGGCAGAUGAGUGGCAGAGGCAGGAAAAAGUUCAUUCCUUCCCAUCUCUGUGCAGCGCCGCAAUCAGGAGUGUAUCUGCAGGUCACACAAAGAAGCUCAGGAAUGAAGGACGGUUGCGUACUGGGACGAGGGUUCAGAUGACGAAUCGACAGUUAUUCAAAUAUGUAGAGGAGUCAAUGAUAUUCUCAUCAUCUCAGUGGCAGUCUGUGUCACCAUGUACAGUAUAUCCAUACAUGCAGUGAUGACUGGGAUGGUGUCUUCAUGAGUCACCCAGUUUCUGUAACCGUCACAUUUCACUUGUUGCUGACACCUUAAUCCAGUGGUGGGGUCCUUUAGGGGCUACCUGGAGGUCCCCAGCGAAAAGAGGAACUUUCACUAUAAUUCCAUCCAUAAGUAACACAAUGACACAAUGUGUGACUACUCUGGUCAUGGCUUUGAGACACUUUCUGUCAUAAAACAUCUAAAAGCAAAAAUCUUAUGACAUGGGGGUCCGUGAUCUUAUUAGUUUCAGUUUAGGGUCCUUGAUGUGUAAAAGUUUAAGAACCACUGCUCUAAUCUGUAAAGUUCUGUCUACCCCUCAUCGUACGUGCGCUUGCAUUUUUAAGGAACCUCUUGUGCACAGACACUGUCCAUUUACCAGAAGAGGAAGUGCACACAGAACAUUUCAGCUAGCGUAACAUAACAGUGUUGCUUUGUUGAAUGAACAUGAAUGAUUAUUUUGUGCUACUCCACUACGUCAUCAUGAGCUACUUGAAAUGGUCUCAAGACUCCAGAGCUCCGUAUCUCUCAUUCUGGAUCAUUAAGGCCUCACACCCCAUUGCAUUUCAAUUUCAUUUGGACAAGUGUUGUCUAAUAGAUAUAUCCUGUUACAUUCAACAAGAUCAACAGACCCUUGGUGUAUUUUGUCAAAAAGAAAUGCUCAAUGGAGCCUAGACAGCUGCUCGCAGAAGUCCACCAUUUACAAAGCAAAUAAACAAAUGAAGAAUAUCAACCCCGGAGCACCCACCCAAACAAAAUAGCGCUUCCACAAGGAAGAGGCUACAGGACAGUGUUUACAAAAUCCUCAUUAAGGAAGUUGUGAGAUAACACAUGUGCAUCACACAAAGUUGAGGGCAUGCACGCACACACACACACACACACACACACACACCAGCAAAGAGACCAUAAGCACUGAGCAAUGCAGAGCCCACCAUAUCAUAGAUAAGGGACAGAAAGAAAGAGCAGGGAAGAACAGAGCAGAGCUCAGAGACAGAGACUGACAGAGGAGAGGACACAACAGAGAUGAGUCGGACGGACAAAGACAAGCCUCGGCCACCCUGUCACCGGAACUGCCGCCCUGUCACAAAGGACAUCAAAAGGUGUGCAUGAGAAUAAAUACUGUGAGAUCUGGAGGAGAGCAGCAGGAAUACACGCUCCUGCAGAGAGGCUCACACUGGUCAGUGCAAGGGUCAACAACACGAACGACUACUGCCAGGAACCAGAGCUUUCUGAACACUACUUAAAUUGACCUUUGGAUUAACAGGUCCAGAGAUCACAAUCAUUUUGUCUUAUUGUUGCAUCAGCUCAUUCAGAGACAACCACAGAGGGCAUUAAAUAGACAACAGCACAUUGUUUUUCCCAUGGCGAGCAUUUGGGUCUCUCAGCUGGGAACCAACUGCAGCUCCAAGACUUUGGUUUUGCUGUUUUCCACCCUGCUGCUUCAGGGGCCUCUCUGUGGCGAGAGCAACCCAAUCUCAGGCACCCAUCAGAGGCAUCGCCCCUCUCCAGGGCUGGGAGACGGGCACGGAGGGGUGGUGGAUCUGUCUCUGCUGGAGCAGGACGGCAGCGUGGACAUGCAGAGCCUGCUGGAGAGCCUGAAGGAACAGUUCCUGCGCACUUUCAACCUGUCGGGUCCUCCGAUGCCUCCCGGGAGCGCACGAGAAGAGCCGCCUGAGUACAUGAUGGAGCUUUACAACCGCUUCGCUAAUGACCACACAGCCAUGCCAUCUGCCAACAUCAUCCGCAGCUUCAAAAAUGAGGAUUCAUCUCCCAGUGUUGUGGGUGUUGGAGGAGUGAGGCGUCAUCCUCUCCUCUUCAACGUGUCAGUCCCCGAUCAUGAACGCAUCACAGCGGCCGAGCUUCGCCUCUACACCCUCGUUCAGACCGACCGCCACCUCUACGCCGGUGUCGACCGCAAGGUCACAAUCUAUGAACUGGAAUCGCAUGACCUGGAUGACAACAUGACUGACGGGAACAGCAUGAGGGGAGACGCAUUCAGAGGGGGAGGGGAGCGGAUAGAGCUGGUGGAGUUGGCCUCACGCCAGGUCUACGGCACCGAUAACAGCUGGGAGGCCUUCGAUCUCACCGCUGCUGUUCAACGCUGGCGCAAAACUCACCACGGCACCACACACCGGUUGGAAGUGCAGAUUGCCAGUAUGACUAAUGAUGAUGUUCAAGGUGUGACAGAAGACAACAAAGACACGGAUCCACCUGAAGGAGACAUGAAGAUCGACACCAGCCCUGAGGAAAAACACAAACCCCUGCUGAUUGUUUUCUCUGAUGACCAAAGCAGUGAUCACCGUGACGACAAGCGCGAGCUGAAUGAGAUGAUUGACCAUGAAACCUCUAACACGGUUCUCCAGAAUGACCUGGGGACAAGCCUGUGGGGUGAGCUGGGGAGGCACAGGGAGGCGGGAGAUGAAGUAGCUGAGCCAGACGAAGAGGACCUCAUCCAGAUGCGCUCCAAUCUGAUCUACGACACAGCCUCCCGCAUUCGUCGCAAUGCCAAAGGCAACCACUGCAAGAAACAAUCUCUAUACGUAGAGUUCAAAGACAUCGGAUGGGACAGCUGGAUCCUGGCACCCACUGGUUACGAUGCCUUCGAGUGCACUGGCGUUUGCUCCUUCCCACUGACGAAACACGUCACACCCACCAAGCAUGCCAUUGUCCAGACGCUGGUCAACAUCAACAGUCCUCAGAAGGCAGCACGAGCUUGUUGUGUGCCCACCAAGCUGGACCCCAUCUCCCUGCUGUACCUGGAUGACACAGGCGUGGUCACCUACAAGUACAAGUUUGAAGGCAUGGUGGUGGCUGAGUGUGGCUGCAGAUAGUCCAUGCUCUGAGAGAGCUGAGCUCUGCGUAAAGUCUUACAGUAGGAGGAAAGACACUGAAAAGACAAUAAGCUGGACAAGGAGAUAAGCCAAGAAUGUCUUCACCAGAGGGACGACUGUUGGAAUCUGUGUAAGGGUUAGAGACUGUACUUCAUCUUACACGGCCAAAGUUGAAUAUCAGUCCCCAUCAUUUGGACAGUGGACACACAAUGUGCCGCAGAUCUAGAGUCAACAAUAGUGAUACCAACACGAGUAAAAAGGCACAAGAUUUACCAAAGGAACAAACCAAGCACAUCCUACUGUGUGCGCAGCCUGGUGGGAACUAGUGGGCCGGCUUUCCCCCACCCUCUACUUCCCCCUGACAUCUGUCUUCCUCUCAACUUAUCUCUGGCCUCCCCACUCGAUGCAAACACUAAUCAGCACUUCAUGUGUCCUGGUGCAGUGAAAUGACCUCCCAGAGGCAACCUGACAAGACAUGAACUCUGUCGGCCCACCUCCCGCCUCCUGCGGCCUCCUGAUACGUAGGUGCUGUGCAGGGGUCCCGGUGGCAGGGUUAUCUUCCCCAACCCUGUUUCCCUACUUCACAUGCCUCUUUUCCACUCCCCCGAGCUACAGCGAUAGCAAGGUGUUGCCGACUGAGAAACAUGUUUGCCACCACUCAGGCUUGGAGAACUGGAUGCCAUUCUGGGCAUCUUUUGAGGUGGUGGGAUUGAGGGGAGUGGAACAGGACAAGGGGGCAGAGGUUGACCACAUUCCUAGGCAACAAACUAUCUUAACUGGCUCAACCCACUGACCUAGCACCACAUGAAGCCAACAUAUCUUCAACUGAGUCAUCCAUCACUUUUAUGUUAAAAAUGGCCUUUUUAAUUGUCUGUAAACUAAAACCAAGAGUGGGGAGGGGAGGGGGGUCACCUUGUCACAUUCCCUUUAUGGAUCCCUAAAGGAAAUACAGUUCUUUUCUUUUGUUAUAAGCCUUUGAUACCUCUGCUGCUUGUGUCAAAUAAAAGACUAUUUAUUGUUCUAAUUUAUUAAUUUUUACAACAGAGUAGAUAUAUAUGUAAAUUUGUAAGUUACUUAGGGUAGAGCAGGUUUCGUAACCAUGACAACGCAUUUGCAGCACAAAAUGAAUUUUUGUUGGGAAGAGAAAUGGUAACAGUUUCUACAACAAUAAAGAACAAUUGAUGAAUCUCAAAUGAAAAGUUGCCUUAACUAUUACUCAACAACAGAUUCUUACUUUUUCAGUUUACACACCAUGUUAAGAUUGACUAAUAUCAAGAUGAACAUAAAUAUUUGGAGUUAAAAUAACAAACUGACAUUGUUUUUCAUUUGUUUUUGUACAUGAUCUCUUUUCCACUUUACAAUUAAUCAAAGCAUCUUGGUCUGUGGCCUUUCUUUUCCAUUUUUAAGGAAGAAGACCAAUGAUAUAAUGCACUGCUCACAUUCAGAUCAGUCGCUGCAACAGUAUCAGCUUACAGGUCACAGUUCAUACAUGACACACAAACAAAGAACCAUGGGAAACUUGAGUGGAGGAUCCGCUAAUGAACAAAAUGGAUGGCCUGCUGCUCACGUUGACGGCGAGCAGAUGCAGACAAAGAUCUGGACUCGUAUCUCUUUCUGUUCUCACUACGUUUUCUGUGAGUGUUCAACCAGAUCACAGGAGCAGUGUGUUGUUGUUUCCAUGUAUCAGUGGACACUGAAGAUGUAAAUAAAGGAUACAGAUCAGA